AUGGCACGGGCCGACGCAUGUCACUCAGGGUCCUUCAACCAUAUCGUGGUCUGGAAACAGAAUCGUGAAGAUGAAGCAAGGCACGUGUCCAGGCCACCCCACCACCAGGGAGUCGGGACAGCUGGAGGAACGGCGACUAGCGUCGUCAACCAGAGUCCCAGAAUAGCGAGAAAUCAGACCCAGAGCUCGCUAAGUCCCAACCCAGUAAGUACGGACGAAUACCAAAUACCGGAAGUGCGUCAAACAGGAUCAGCACCGCCAGGCGUUGCCUACCAAGCACCAAAGGGGUUGGGAGAACCAGAGAGAGCGGUGGCCAGCACCGUCCCUCCGGAGCCCCAGACGCCCAGGAACCCGAGCCAGGACCCCCAAGCCCCUAGGGUCCCCACCAAGGACCCGGGGGAACCAGGGUUUGGGGAAAGGGCCCCUCCGGGAGGAACCCCCCCUCCCGGGGGCGUCCCUCCCCUAAGCCGCGCCCCCCCCUUCCGCAAGGCCCCAUCCCUCCAAGCGGCCGGCCCCCCAAGGGGCCCCCCCGUCAAGUCUCAGGAGGGGUCCAAGGUGGGGGUUAGGGGCCGGAAGAAACCCCACACGAUGAAAUCACCCGCGGAAGCCAUGGGCCCAAUUGGCACCGCAAGGGAUCCUUGGCCCCCUUGGGCCAACCCCAAAACUACGGUGGCCAUGCCUCAACCCGGUUCGGUCCCGGUGACGGAAGACAGGGAUCAGGGUCUCCACAGGUGGAAUCCCUCAAUUGGGCCCCACCCGCCUCACUGUGAAAAGGGUUCUUUCAGAGCGGGCAACAGGUCCUUGGGGUUCCAAAAACCAACCCCGGGCCCCGCCGGGGGCUAG